UUUUUUUAAUGCAAGUGUUAAUUUAAGUCGGGCUCGAGAUACAACCUCAAAGGGGAAGCAACCGUCAAUCGUCAAUCGAUUUGAAGUAUAAUCGGUUGAGUGGCAAAGACUUGGUGACUAACUAGUCACAAGUGAUCCAAACCAAUGACAGUCGAUCAUCUUAUUGAAUGUAUUGUAGAAUUCAGAGAAAUUAUGUCAUAAAAGGAAUUUAGCACCAUGACAUCAGUGAAAGUUGCUGUUCGAGUUCGUCCUAUCAACCAAAGGGAACAUGACCUCGACAGUAAAUUCAUCAUACAAAUGGCUGGGAAAAAAACAACUAUUACUAACCUCAAGAUCCGAGAACAUGCACAGGAAGGUGACACUGGCCGUGAGGUGAUGAGACACAAGGAGUUCACGUUUGACUUCUCCUUUUGGUCUGUUCUAAGAACCGAUCCACAUUUUGCUUCACAAGAGCAGGUGUUCCAGUGCCUUGGUGUGGAUGUUGUGGCCUCUGCAUAUGAUGGUUACAAUGCCUGUGUGUUUGCAUAUGGACAGACAGGAUCUGGAAAAAGCUACACAAUGAUGGGCAAUCCUGGAGACCAAGGAUUAAUUCCCAGGAUUUGUGAGAAUUUAUUUUCAAAGAUGACAGACGAAGACACAAAUUACAGAACAGAAGUCAGUUACCUUGAAAUCUACAAUGAGAAGGUGAGAGAUCUUUUAAUGCAGCAGUCCACAAAUAAGGAAAUACACAACCUGAGAGUGAGAGAGCACCCUACAGAGGGACCUUAUGUCCAAGAUUUAUCCAAGCAUGUGGUUAACGACUUUUCUGAUAUUAAGGAUUUAAUGGACAGAGGAAAUUCUAUAAGGACUACAGCUUCUACCAAUAUGAAUGAUGUUAGCAGUCGAUCACAUGCCAUCUUUACAAUUGUUUUCACCCAGGCCAAGUUUAGUGAUGACAUGCCCUGUGAGAUGAGCAGCAAGAUUCACCUCGUGGACCUGGCUGGGAGUGAGAGAGCUGAUGCAUCUGGAGCUACGGGGCAAAGGCUAAAGGAAGGAGCCAGCAUCAACAAGUCGCUAGUCACCUUGGGGACUGUAAUCUCUGCAUUAGCUGAUAUCUCAACUAACAAACAUGAGAAGAAAACCUUCAUUCCGUACAGAGACUCGGUCCUGACUUGGCUCUUAAAAGACAGUUUGGGGGGCAACUCCAGGACUAUCAUGAUUGCAACAAUAUCACCCGCAGAUGUCAAUUAUGGUGAGACCUUGAGCACCCUGAGAUAUGCAAACAGAGCAAAGAACAUCAUCAACAGACCAACAGUGAAUGAAGAUACCAAUGUUCGACUCAUCAGAGAACUGAGAGAGGAGAUAGCGAGGCUUAAGGCGAUGCUUGGAGGGAACAUUGACAGCAUAUCCACCCCCAAAGUACAAGAAAAGUUACACGAGAAUGAGGCUCGGGUUAAAGUCUUGACUGAGGAGUGGGCAGGCAAAUGGAAUGAAGCCGCAAAAAUACUGAAGGAUCAGAAUGUGGCAGUCAGAAAGGAGGGGAUGGGCGUAGUCCUGGACUCCAAACUCCCGCACCUGAUUGGCAUUGAUGAUGAUAUACUUAGUACAGGGAUCAUGCUGUACCAUCUCAAGGAAGGUAGAACUUCAGUUGGAAGAGGUGAUGCAGAUGAUUCCCAAGACAUAGUGAUAGCUGGGCUAGAUGUGGAGCGGUACCAUUGUUGGAUUGAGAACACGGAAGGAGAAGUCAUUCUCUAUCCAGUAGAUGAGGCUCUGUGUGCUGUGAAUGGCAAUGUUGUCAUUGAACCCACAAAAUUAACACAAGGAGCUGUAAUUCUACUUGGAAAAACCAACAUGUUUCGAUAUAACAACCCUGCAGAGGCAGAGAAACUGAAAGCAGAGCUGAAUAAUUGUGGCUUGAGUCUCUCUAGGACAUCUCUACUGAGUAAAUCAAUGUCAGAUUUGUACCGAUCCACAGAUAAUCUUUCUCUGUUGUCUGUUGGAUUUGAACUUGAGCAAGCCCAUAAUGAAGAUUUACAAAAAAUAGAGGAGAAAAGAUUACAAAUUAAUAUAAUGGAGAAGAAAUAUGGUAAGGCUGAGGAUGAGCGUCAGUCUCAACAGUUCCAGCUAGAGAAAGAACUGGAGGAAAAACAGUACGCACUACAGAGACUGGAAAUCAGCCUGCAGAAGUACAAACAGCAAAUGUGGGAGAGUAAAAAGCACCAGACAGGUCAUAUUGAUGAAAUGCUAAAGGAAUUGGAUGAGAGAGAAAAGGUGUUAAGAAAAGUAGCCCAGGAAUCCAUCAACAAGCUUAAAAAGGAGAUUGGGGCAUUACAGGAGUCGAAAAGCAUAACGACAGCUUCACAACAAAAACAAAUGGAUGAGCUGGUGGCUGAGGAGCUGACUGCAGAUGGUAAAUUCCAGGCAGUAUCACAGGAAUUACAGACUCAAAUCACAGCACAAACAGACCUAGUAUCUAAGAGUAAGAAACAGGCAGAGGAAAGUGAGACUGAAUUAUCCAGACUACGAGAGGAUUUCAACUCAAAGAAAGAAAUAUUUUUAAGGCAAAAUGAAGAAGUAAAAAAACUUUACUUAAAGGAGAAUGAAAAUUAUUUGAAAGCAGAUGAGCAGUUCAGAAAAGAAGAAGAGGAAAUGAAAGGUAGAUGGCAGCGCCCUCUGGAGGAUAUAGCAACAACCAAUCAGACAAUAGAAGAAGCAUGGCACGAUCUUAGGGAACAUGAGGAGGAAUUGAGAAAGAAACUUGAUCAGUGCCAAGAUAAUGAAGAACGAGACAAAUUGUUGGUUGAACAUGAUGAAUUGGAGAAAGCCAGGGAAUUGCUGAAGGAGGAGGAGGAAAUUACCUCCCACAAAGAAAAGCUGCUUCUAGAUCAAAUUGAAAAAGAAAUGGAAAAAUUUGAGGUGAAUAAAGAUGAGGAACUUGGUGAAUUAGCUUUGAAAAGGGAUAAUAUAGUGGUUUCAAAGGAUGAAAGUCUGUAUCAUUUACAUUCAGCAUUAAAAGAAAAGGAGAAAUUGACACAGAAGUUAAAGAGAGAAGUGUCACAUUGUGAACAUGAAGUUGAAAAACUAAGAUCUAGUGAACAAAGCUUAUGUGAUGAUAAGGACAUCAGACAAGCAGAGAUUAUACAGAGGAAAAGGUCAUUGCUGGAGGAUAUGUCUUUAUGCAGGGAAAACACACAAAUUGCUGUAACAGAUCUUGAAGCAAAGGUUGUUAAAGCGGAGAAGAAUCUCCAGGAAGAACUGAGAAACAUUCAAUCCCAGAGAGAAAGAUUACUAGAUCAAAAGUCCCCCGAUAUGAAUACCAGUGACUUUGAAGAUCCAGCAAUGCAGAGUAAACUAAAAGAGGUGGAAGAUCUAAAAGCUAAGCUAGAACUGACAGAACAAGAACUAGAGGAAAAAUGGAAGUUGUUUGAUGAGCAGAAAAAUGCUGAGCUGGAUAAGAUUGAGUUUGAGCGAUUCAAACUUCAGGAACUAGAGAAUCAAGAAAGGAUCAAUGCUUUGGUGGAGCAAGAAGUGAAAAGACGUCUGUUUGAAGAGAAAAAACAGAGAGAAAAUGUAAGAAAACAAGAGCGAGAAAAAGAGAGAGUAGAAAGAGAUUUAGAAAUUCAGAAAUUAAAGGAGCAACACAGCAGAGAAAUCAAACAGUUGAAGGCCAAAUUUGAGGCGGACCAAGAAAUCUCUAGACACUCUUCUAUGACCUCACUGCAAACUCGCUCCAAUCCUUAUGGAUCUAGCAUGUCUCCCACCAGUAGUUCUUCCACAGACCAGUUGUCUAGAGCAAGGAGUUCUAGCUCAGUGACAGGAUCUGGGUCUUAUUCUGGCAGCUUUUUAGAGGCAUUUCAGAUCAGAAUCGGCAUCCCGACCUACCGUCUCCAUGGUUAUGGAUCAGAUACUCAUUAUGAGUAUGAAGUAAAGAUAGCAGUUGGCGAGGAUAUAUGGAGCAUAUACAGGAGAUACAGUAGAUUUCGACAGCUCCAUCAGGAUAUGAAAAAAAAAUACCUUGAGGUUUCACAGUUGUCGUUUCCACCUAGAAAGAUACUGUUCAGUCGAUCUGAUAAAGUGGUAGCAGAAAGGAGAAAAUCGCUGGAGGUUUACUUGAGGGACCUGAUGUCCAUUUUCUUGAGGACUCCCAGCUGUCCACUGCAUCAAUCUCAAAGUAAACAAGUAACCAAGCAGGACUUGUGUGAAUAUGAACCAUUCUUCAAGCGAGGAUUAUUUGAAACUGGCAAACACAGUACUACGUGAAGUAUGGGGAAUUUUUCUACAAGGAAUGGUUACAGACAAGGCAUAUUACAGUCAUGAAAUUUCAUGACAAUAAAAUCAUAUCAAAGGCUUACAUUCCUCUUGCUUUAAGAAGAAAGCAAUGCUGAUAAGAGCACAGCUAUUAAACAACCUUGCAUAUCAUUCAUUCCCUUGAUGAUGUGAGCAUGGAGUUCAUUGGACCAUCUGAACAGAUUCUGUAAGAGCUGGGGUGUGCAACAUGCACAAUAGUAGAACUUCUCUAGUUCAUCAAUCAGAGAAUUCAACAUUCCAAAUGAACAGAGACAAAAUUUUAGCUUUGCCUAGUUUUAGACUUGCCAGACCCUGUUCUGAAUGCUAUUGUAAGGAUGUGAUCUUCUUACCAAUUUCAGGAUUAAGAUUUAUCUGCAUUUAGUUUCUAAAAUAUCUCAGGAAAAUACUUAAUUAAUAUUUAGAGAGAAGACUAAAAAAUCAUAAACAAAAAUAUAGCUGCAUGUAAUGCUUGGUGAUUUAAACUCCAAUCCCAAAGUCAGGUCCUGAUUUUUUGCCCAUUAAACUUAGCAAAUUUACUCCUGAUAUCUAAAAUUCCAGUCUCUUGAAGUAAAAUCUAGACUGGAUUUUACAACUUGAUGUAUUUGUUUUUACUAGUCAGACAGGCAUUUCCUAGUUCAGUAUUUGACAAUUUUCAGAUGUGUCACAAAAAUGUGAGUGGAUGGUAACAUCUUAUUCUGUUUAAAUUCAUGUAUUUAAUCAAAUGUACGUUUUUUUCUCAGAUUACUUAAAUACAACAUGCAACACAUGAUAACUGUACUUGUUUCUUUCAUCAAAUUACAAAUUUAAUCUUCAAAUUGGAUUACUACUCUGAAAACAUAUGGCUGCACCAUGAUAACGAUGCAUAUUGUGUAUUAAUAAAACCUGAUGUCAAUUUCCACACCCUUCAAAACUCAAAAAAAAAAAAUCCAUUGUCCUGUGGAGUUUUUGAUAAUUACAUGUAUUGAACAAUUUGUUAAGAUCGUCGUGCAAGCUGCAAUGUUCCCUUUUAAUGGGAAAAUAUGGUCAGUUUCAUGAUAAUAGAUGGCCAUAUCUUAAAAGUAAAAAGGGUACCUUUAAAAUAUAUGCAAGAAAAUUACAUAUCAUUUUUCUAAAUUCAAGAUGACAUUGUUGAUCUCAGUUUAUCUAAUAUUUUUAUAUGUACAUGAAUGUAGUUCUUCUGAUGAUUGGCAGCUCAGUUAUUUUGAUAAUUUUCUUGUUAGUGAAUAAGUUUUAAUCAGGAUUAAAAGCAAUUUGGGUUAAGCUAUUGGUAGUGAAAACAGAAUGCCAAUUAUUGGGGGUGUGGGGGGCACUUCCUUCAAAAAUGAGCUUGGUGUAUAUUUAUCUAUAAGCUGAACCAACGUCCUGUAAGUUGAAGCUUUUAAUGAACAGUAUAUUUCUGUACAUGAAUUUUACUUUAAGUAAUUAAAAUCCUUUCAUAAAAUGAGCAAUUCUCUGAUUUUGGCAAGGAAGUGUAUUAUAAAACUGUGUUUACUUUAUGGUUAUUAGGGGUGGGACAGUAUCCUUUCUAGCCGAUCUGAUACGCAUCAUGAUACCCAACUUGGAUAUGAUACAUAUCGCAAUACUUUGCAUAUUAAUAAAAAUUAGAAAAAACGAUUUCAAAUUUAUUCAGUUAUUCAGUUCAAAACAAAACGGAAAAAAUAUCACUUGGUUCAGCUAGUUACUUGACUAGAAUAAAAAAAUCUCACAAUGCUCCAAACAGCUUGCAAAUAACUUGUCUUAUAGAUGUUUCUUACACCGUUUUCAUUGCCAAGACGAGUAUCACGAUUUAUCAGUGCACUGAUGGAUCGUCCCACCUCUAAUGCUUACAUGAACUUUUCUUUGAGAAUUUUUAAGUUAGCAUUCCCAGUGACAUUUAUCUUCCUUCAUUUUGAUAGGAAGCAUGUCUCUUAUCCUCAGUUUUAAACAUAAAAUGUUAAACUACUCGUAUGUUUGUGGAAACUAAAAUUUCUUGUUCUGCAUUACAUACCAGUUUAGUGGUGCAUGCUCUUAAGACCCCUAAAGUAUUCAAAUGUUUACGAAUACCUUUUCUUACAGAUACCAGUUGUUUGCAUAUUUUUUUAUGUUGACGUGUUAUUUACAAAAAUCUAUGUUACAAAUGUCUGAAAACAACUUUUUUUCAUUCUUUCAAUGCACUUACUGAGCAAAUAUGGCAAUACUAGAUUUGUAGAAUGUUACAAAAUUAAGAGUUUUCUUGGAACUGUGUUCAAAUGGUGAAAUACUCACUAUGUAAAAUAUAUUUAUACAUUCCAUCAUGUUCAUGCCUCUGUACAUGUAAUUCAGUAGUGUUCUAUGCAAUGAAGAAAAUGUGAUUUAUCUCCUGAAAGGUUAGAUAUUUCUGUUUUUGAUAUUUUAUAGUAUUAUGGAUGUUUCUCAUGAAAUAAUUCUUGAUAAUUUGCAUUUGAGUUGUCAGAAUUUCUAUGUGUAUUUACUGUAAAAUAAAGUUUUCUGCCUAUGUUGCAGUGUUGGAAACCAUACAGUUAAAUUUGAGCAACUCGUGCAAAUCAAAAAGUAAAACUAUGCACCCUUUCCAUCAAUAAAUUACUUUCUACAUGAUUGUUAUAUACCAGCUGCUUGUCAAUUUAACAAUACAAAUGCACAUUACAUUAUUAUGGUUUGGGUAAUCCUCAUUUUCAUGUUACAUGUGUAUUUUACUGGUAUUUAAGUAAUGGUAUGUUUUGUGUACAUAAAAUGAUGAGUAUAGUUAUUUAGUGUACAUAUCUAGUUUAUUUAUGAAUUCCAUUUCUGUGGUGCUGUAGCUUUAACAUUGAUUUCAGGGCAGUUAAUGGAUUUACAGAUUGAAAUGCCAUUUACUCGUACAUGUAUUAUUAUUCAAAAAAAUUUUAAAUAUUUAUUUCAUUAUUAUUUUGAGUGUCUUGCCUAGUACAGGUCAUCAGAACAAUGACACUAAAAUGACUAAACAAGUGUACUACACAGAGACAUUAACUUCUGCUUAAAUGUAUUACGUAUACAUAUGUACAUCAAUUAUUUUUCAUUUGCAAGACACUUUUUUUUAAGCUGGGUUGGGGUUUAGCAUUGCAAGUAGCUUAUGAGGGCAGCUUCAGUAAUUUUUUCUUUGUGUGGUCAUUCAAUAUUUUUUUCCCCUAAAGAUUCACAACUUUGGUCAUAUAAUUAUCUCCUUGCAACGGAGUUUUGAGGGAUGAUAUGGUAACAUGAGUGCAUGCUUAACACCAAUCUUAUAAAAUAGUUGGAUUCAAUGUCGCAUUUAUAAAUGUGCCCAGUUGCUAGGAGAUGCUCCACUUUAUGAUACUCUAUUUUUUCUUGCUUCACUGAUGGUUGAAUUAGUGGCUUAGAAUGGCAGAAUAGAACUGUAUUUGACAACAGUAUGUAUUUGGAAUUUUCAAACCUUUUUCUACACCCUGUUGCCAGCAAACUGACAAUUGACAGAUAAAAAUCUGUUGAAUUGUGAAAGCCAUCUUGUUGCAUGUAUCGUUUUUGUUAUUGAAUGAAAAUUAAAAAUCAAAAUCAAAAUCAAA